UUCAUACAUUUUAAUUCUCUAUAAACUGUCGUCGCCAUUAUUUUAAAAUCAGCUCGGAGGCUGAUUUUGCAAAAAUAUUUAAUUCGAUUUUUUUCGAUAAUCGUUGGACUUUUCCAUCAAAUCGACACUGAAUUUGUCGAUAAGCGUGAAAACGCCAUUAAUUUUCAAAAAUUUCCUAAGUUUCUACCGCAAAUUUUUGCUCAGAAAAUCUCGUAUCAAAGUACAAAGGAAUAAAUUUGUAUUGUGUGUGCGUAAUAAUCAUGGCCCAAUAAAAUGUAUCAACUCAAAGAAUUCAAAGUGAAAACUCCAUGUGGAGGAAAAAUCCACGAUUUACCAUCGUCAUCAGUAGCUUAUAAUUUUCUCACAAGGUUUUCUUUUCCUUUAAAUUUUGAUUUGAUUUUAAACCAACAAACAAGUAAUGGACAAAAAACAACAACAACAAUAUUCUCGACAGGGUUCCAGCAAGGCCCUGUCUUCUGAUUCACGUAAGAGCUCCUCAGAAUUAUACUCAAAUAAACCUUGGCCAAAAAAUUCACGUCGCAGAGAAAAUCCCAAUUGUCCGGCUUCAAAGAACGACAGUCAACGAGGCAUCAAGGUUGGCCCAGCAAAAACAAGGCCCAAUGUCGAUAAACGCCCGAAGGCUAGGAGCGGCCCCAACAGCAGCUAUGGGCUCGCAGCUGGUAAUUCGGCAUUUGAAGACGUGUCUUCUGCCGGCGCCGGACUAGCAACUGAAGAGGAAAUUGACGUUGAAUUAAUGGGCAAUAAUUCAAUUGCACAACAUGAGUAUGAAUUGAAUUCUGUGUACGCAGCUGGAAGCAAGAAGCAGAAUUUAAAUCAUUUACUAAACUUUCAUUAUGGUCCCAGAGAGUUUGACAACUACAGCGGAUUAAAUAUGUUUGGUAAAAAUGCCAACAAUAAUCGUUCUCAAGUGAAGAAGCAAAAAUACAACAAGGAACAAUACUUACAAGCCAACUUCCAAUUCGUUGUAAACUGGAAAGCCACACAAAAGGUAAUAUCAUCACCAGAUACACUCAUCGAUUGGGAUUUAAUUGAGCAAAUAAACAUUCAAACGACCGAGGAACCACAAUGCCCCAUUUGUUUGUAUCCACCUCUUGCCGCUAAACUAACUCGUUGUGGUCAUGUAUACUGCUGGCCAUGCAUUCUUCACUAUCUCGCAUUAUCCGACAAAACAUGGCGUAAAUGUCCCAUCUGUUACGAAGCCGUUCACACAAAUGACUUGAAAAGCACCACCAUUGUUCAACAAGUCAAUUUUAGUGUUGGAAAUUAUAUAAGUUUUCAAUUGAUGCAACGCAAAAAGGGUUCACUUUCGAUUGAGAAAUUCACCAACUCAAAUGCAAUUGUAAGCGACGAUGAGGGCCUCCAUAAUAUGUACUCGUCUGGCAGCGAUGAAUCGAAAUUUGCAAAAUUCUUAGUUGCAAAUAGAUCAGAUGUAAUUUCAAUCAUCGAAAGGGAACAAAAUGAAUUGGCAUUUUGUGAAAGCGAACAAAAUUGUCCAGAAUUUGUAUUCGUCCAACAGGCCUUGGAUUUGUUGAAAUCUAGAAAGUCUGAGAUCAACAAUGAAAUUGAAACUAUCAUGGAAAAGAAAAUAGCUUCAAAAAAAGAAAAGGACAAUACGAGUUUAUUGAGAGAGAAAUCCGAUACCAAUAUUGGCGACAACGAAACUAAACUAUCCAAGCCAGUAGAUGAAGAACUUAAUGCUAAAUAUUACUAUUUUUAUCAAUCAGUUGAUGGGCAAAACAUAUUUCUCCAUCCAUUGAAUGUAAAAAUGUUACAGGCUUGUUAUGGGUCUCUUGAUCAGGCUCCUUUGCUUGUAAAUGCAAAAAUCUUGCAAAAAGAGCAUCAUUCAAUGGACGAGGAUCAUCGAAGGAAAUUUACUUGCUUGGGACACUUGCCACUUACGUGCCAUUUUGAGGUCGUAGAGGUUGAGUUAGAGACACCAAUUGUAUCCGAAGAGGUUUUAAAUGUUUUCAAAGGAGACAUUAUUCAGAGGAAAAAAGCGAGACUUCGAAGGGAUAGAGAAGAGAAAAAACGUGAAAUAAAAAUAAAUGCGAUCAACGACCGACAAAUGGGCAAACUUCUUUCAAGCACGGCUAAUAUUAAUUUGUCGUCUUCUCAUGAAUUUCCAACCUGUGGAUUCGAGGAGACACUUGACGGUUCUUCUAAUCAAUUAUCCACUGAUGCUAUUAACAUACCAACUCAACCGAGUUCCUCAAAGCGCAGUACAUAUUCAUCAAUUGCUAAUUCUAAUGACUCUCCAAUUGCCGAUUUCUGGCCAACAAUGGGAGCAUGUUCACCAAGAAUAGCAAAGGAUUCGACUUGGGUAAGAGAAGCAACAAUACCACGUCAAAGGAUGACAUCGGAGCGUUACAGUGAAAGUGAUUCUCUAAAUGAAGAAUUUCACCCAGCACCAAAUUUGGGGGAUGUUUUAGCAGAAGCCAUAAGCCAAAAGCACAACACUCCUAAUAAAAACGAAUCCAAAAGCGGCAAUAGCAAGAAAUCAAAAAAGAACAAGAAGAUGCUGGUCUUCUCCACUGGUAUGAAUUUUGGUGGAAAAUAAACUAAACGUCGUUGAUGAAAAGCUUACUUCAAGUUAUUAUCAUAUGCAUACACUAUAAGUUUAACACUCAAACAAUUAAAAUUAAUUAAAACUAACAACUUUGCAGGUAACUGCUGUUAUUAUUAUUUUGUUAAAUCAAUAGAAAUUCAUGUUAUGAUUUACUGUGAGUUAAACAUUUUUAUUUUUGAAUUACAUAUAUUAAUAAAGCUUAUUUAUCCACCAGGCAAA